UCUUAACAGUUGUUGUGAACAAUGUUUGUCUUAUAGUAGUGUUUGACUCAAUCAUUGAAUGAAUGUUUGAAUUGAAAACAAUUUUUUUAAACCAAAACUCUCUCUAAAAACUCAUAAUAACUGCAAAACAUUUCCAACCAUUUAGUUAAACAAAUUAUACCAACACUUAAAUUAAUUAAAUUGUCAGCUCUUUUAAUGACCAAAUAGUGACCACGACUUACAUUGACAAACAUUUAGCAUAUGUUUAAUAGUUAGACAACUGACAAAGUGAUCCAAACAAAGACAAAAGAGAUUGCGACCAAAGAUUGAUUUGUAACAAAUGGCAAACAAAGAAGUUGUUAUCAACGGAUUUAACCAUUUGGUGCCAUCGCUGGCUAAUGACUCGGAUGACGACCACGAGUUUGAUGUCGACAGUCCCGUCAAUGGCCACAAUGGUGUUACCAAUGGUACGGCAAUUGAUGACCGAAUCAAAAGACGAGCAAAGAGACCAUCGACUAAACUUGUGAUCAAUACUACCGCUGCCGUCAAUGGAGUUAAUGGACUUCAGGUUCUCCCCAAUGGAGAGUCAGGGGAUAAGGUUUCACCAAAGAUUAAUGGAAACAGUUUCGGCAAGAAGUGGCUUAAAAAUAGUCGCCGAUCUCGAGGAAGGUUUGGCAGAGGACUUGCAAAGAAGGGUGGUGCCGGUGGUAAAGGAACGUGGGGUCGACCGGGAAGUGAAUUAGUUGGAGUCGAGGAGGGUUUGGAGGACCCACACGAUCCUAACUAUGACUCGGAAAGUGAGGAUGUCUGCAAAUUUGAAGCCAUUACUCCUCCACUCGAAGAGAACGAAAUUGAGACGACUUUGACUCCAAUACUAAAUGAAUACUUUGAAAAUGGAGACACAGAAGAAGUGGGUCUUUCAUUGGAAGAGAUUAAUUUGGGCGACAAUUUGCAUCAAAUUCUUGUGAUAGCCGUUACACUGGCGAUGGAACGCAAAGCUUCUAAUCGCGAAAUGACUUCAGUCCUCAUUUCUGAUCUUUACGGACGUGUUCUUCACGAGGAGAAUAUCGAACGUGGCUUUGAUAUAUUGAUUAGUAGUCUUCCUGAUUUGGUUUUGGACACACCUAAUGCAGCCAUUGUUUUGGGUAAUUUCAUCGCACGUGCGGUUGCAGACGAUUGCAUUCCUCCAAAGUUUGUUCAGCGAUACAAAGGUGUUGGCGACUGCACACAGGCACGUAUGGCCAUUGAACACGCAGAUGUUCUUCUUAGUAUGAAACAUGGUUUGGUCAGAUUGGACAACGUAUGGGGUGUUAGUGGUGGUAUGAGGCCAGUCAAGUAUCUCAUCAAACAAAUUCAAUCGCUUCUUAAGGAAUAUCUAUCAUCCGGAGACAUUGAAGAGGCCACUCGUUGUCUCCAAGAACUUGAAGUUCCACACUUUUAUCACGAGUUUGUCUACGAAGCAAUCGUUUUGACCAUUGAAGAUAUGGGAGAGCGAACUAUGGAUCUCAUUUGUGAACUUCUUAAGUCUCUUUGUUCUUCUGUUAUCAUCACUUUGGAUCAGCUUAGAAAUGGCUUUUAUCGGGUCUAUCAGGAAAUGUCUGAAAUAUGCAUCGAUGUUCCGCACGCCUACAAUAUUCUUGAGAAGUUUGCAAUCAAGUGUCAAAAGUGCGACUUUCUUCCCAGCGAUGUCGUCAAGAACUUACCGUCGAGGGGACGAAAACGUUUUGUCUCAGAGGGCGACGGCGGUCGGGUUAAAGAAGAGUUGUACUAAAAAGCGACAAAACAAUUGAGAACACAAUACUAUACAUAAUUGUAAUCUUCAAUGAAUCGCAUAAAUCGUCUCUUAUUAUUAUUAAUCGUUUUUUUUGCAAAUUCCUUAAAUGUAAUUAAAUGUAAUAUUCAAACAUCACUUCUGGGAAUAUAUAACUUAUAUAUUAUUAUUUCGGUUUUGUUUUCAAACUUUCUUAGAUUUUUACUUUUUUGUGAAUUUAUUACUAUUGUAUUAUUAAUAUGAAAAGAAUUUUUUUAAACAAAAAAAAUCAAUACAAUUAUAUGUUAUAAUAAUCUUAAUAUAAAAGCUUAAAUGAAUGCCUAAAAAAAGAGAUGAGAGAUUUUUUUGAUAAUAAAUUGAGUGCUCAAUAAGUUUGUAUAAAACCUGUCGAUAGAGAUAACUAUAGUUAUGAGAACAGAGUUACACAAUAAUAACAAAUGACUUGUGAUUUCCAAUUGAAAAUUCAGUAUAAAUUUGUAAUCUUAUAUAACAUGAAUACAUACAUACAAUAUAUUAUAAUUAUUAUGUGAGAUGUUUUAA